UCCUCCCCCUCUCUCCUUCCUCCUCCUCCCUCUUCUACUCUCCUCUUCCCUCUCUCCCUCCCCUCCCUCCCUCCCCGCCCUCCCCCCGGAGCCCGCACGCCGGCACCCUUCGUGCCUGGGGGGAGGUACAGCGACAAGUGGUACAGCGAGCUCCAGGCGAAGAUCGUGAAGGCUGGACUCAAGGCGAAGCCGUCCCAGCUGGUGGUCUCCAACAAGGACGGGUGGCCCGUGCUCUGGUCCCCCGACGACGACGACAGCUCGAUCCCCGAUGAGGAUCAGUGGCCGCUGACGUUCACGGACGUCACCCGCAAGUGGUCCGCCGCGAUCUGGCGCGGGGAGGCGGCGGACAAGUACCGGCUGGUCAAGGCCACCGCGCGUCCUAUCUGUUUGGUGUGAAAGUCGGGCAUGUCUCUCUCAAUACUCGAACGUAGUAAAAAUAGUCUGG